AUGCCGCCAGGAAGCUGCGGCAUGGCGGCGGCGGCGUUCGGCGGCGUGGCCACGAAUGCGGGAGACGGCAUCGAGGCGGGAGCACAAGCAGGUAGGAGGCCCAAUGGCCGGCAGGACUCCGGUGAUGACCUGCAGCUUCUCGAGGUCCUUCGGCUCGGCGCGCGCAGCAGGCUUGGACACAUGAUUGCUAGAACCUCACUUGUGAACUUCGGCGUUCUUGUCAUUGAUGCCCCUGAUGGUGACUUUGAGGCUGAUUUUGCUCAUGAUGGUCAGACCUGUGAACAUGAAAAUCUAGCUAAUGCUCUUUUAAUGAAGCAGAUGAUCUGCUAUAUCAACAAGACACUUCUACUAUUUAUGUAUGCCACCACCUCCAACUACUCCAAGAAAUUGUAUAACACAAUUGUGGAGUAUGUGCAGUCGUCCUUCCUGCAGAAGAUUGGCUUUGACCCAGCAUUUGUGCCCAUAUGGGGCUUGGACAGAGAUAAUUUGACCACGAGGGAAUCUGCCAACGCAGAGAAGGUCAAAGAGGCGCACAAGAGGGUAAUGGUCGCCAACCAUCCGGAUGCGGGUGGAAGUCAUUACCUUGCUUCAAAGAUUAACGAGGCGAAGGAUGUGUUGACUGGGAAAACCAGAGGAGGCGGGUCGGCCUUUUGA